AUGAUGUACUGGGCUUAUUUGUUUUUCUUAUUAGGAUUAUUCAUACAAAAUGUUUUAGCAAUUGACACAACUACGAUUCGUAGAACAAUUGAGUUCACAUCCACAAUGUGCCCAACAUGUGUUACAGAAACACUAGUCCCUGUAACUGUUAGUGACUUUGUUACUUAUGUUGUGACAGAAACUGACAAUAUCACUUUCUCGGUGACAACAACAAUCUCCAUUACAUCAAGCACAACUGUAACUGCAAAUUACACAUCUAUUAUUACAGAUACCGUUGAUGUCACGGAAACUAUAGACGCUUGUAAUACUGUAAAUGUUACAAAUACGAUUGAAAAUACCAUUACAACAACUGAAACGGCUGUUGAAACAGAAACACAGACAUCGACAGCGAUUGUUACUUCGACUGCAAUUGUGACUUCUACCGAAAAGACAGUUUCUUCAUCAAUUGUGACAUCAACUGUGACAGCUACUGCUACUGUUACCAGCACUGAAACUAUUACUACCAUUUUGAGGUCAACGGAUACGGAAAUUCUUACAGAUACAGUAGAUAUAACCGAAAUAUGGACAGAGAUUGAUGAACAAGCUGUGACAAUUUCAACUACAGCCACGACAACACUUACCACGAGAGAGACAAGUACUGAGGUUACAACAACUACUAAAAUUGUUAUUGAAUCCACUACUAUGACCUCAAUAUUCAGCACAACUGAAACAUUUUUAACAACCGUAACUGAUACUACAGCAGUAACUUCGCUAACAACAAGCACAGUUUUGACUACAGAUGUUAUAUUUGUUACAGAUGUAAUUUCGGAAACGCUAAUUCAAACAGAUCCAACAACAACUACUAAAAUUGAUUAUGAAACCGAUACCGUAUUCGUAACUUCCUUAGUUUAUUUAACUACAACGAACAUCGUAACAGUAGAAACUGAUUUGAUAAAAACGGUAACUCACACAAAUGUUCAAAAUCUAACCUCUACAAUUACUAUUGAGCACAGUGAGAUUAAUACUUCUAUAGUGGAUCAAACAAGAUACUUCACAGAAGACAACACUGUCUACGAUACACUUACAAUAUAUGAGACGAUUAAUGUGACAGACUAUUUCACAAACAACAACACUGUCUACAACAAUAUCUAUGAUACCGUAACGGUCAGUGAAACGAUUAAACAUUAUGUUAACAGUGAAGUACCAGCUACAUUUUAUUUGACAGAUACAGAAUAUAGGACAAAUGUUGUUAACAUCACAGACACUUCGUACAUUGAAAAAGAGCUAAUUUUAACAGAAGUAAAUACUGUGAUUGUUACAAAUACGAUACCGACAACAAAGACAUUUAAUAUAACGAUCACGGAAAUAGAUACGGUGACAGAAAACUUAAGUUUAACUCAAGUUCUUAGAGAGAUAUUUACAACAACAGAAACAAAUGCGGUUAAUACAACAGAAUUUUCACAUAUGACGGAAACAUUCAGCAUGACAGAUACUAUUGUAAUUCCAAUGACAGAUAUAAUUACAAAAGUGGCUAAUAUCACAUUGACAUCAACUACCACUGAUAUAAUAGAAGCUACAAAUACUGAAACUUAUCUACAAACAUUCGAUUCCACAAGUGAAGUGACAGUGACAGAAACCAAUAUAAUUGUAAAUACUGUUGAUUACACUAACUUGGAAACUUAUGUGGAUGUUCUUAACACAACUAAUUUCAUUGACACGAUUGAAACGGAAUAUGUAACUAAUACAAUUAACAAAACAAACAGGGUUGAAGUGACUGAAACAGUGGAUAUUACAAAUGUCAAUAGUAUCUAUGAAACAAUAUUGGAGACCAAUACACUUGAUAUUACACAACUAAUUGAAGAAGUUAACACAAUAAAUAUAUAUAAUAGAGUUAAUACUACCUUAACAAUGGAAACGACAGAAACCGUUAAAGAAGCAAUUACAACAAAUAUAAUUGGAACUGUUAGAGUGACAGAGACAUCGGUUAUAACAGAAUUUAACAAUGAAACUUUAUCUGAAACAGUGUUCGAUAUAGAUGAGGAAAGAAGUACUGUUAAAUUAACGAAUACUGUUAACACCAUCAAUGUUGUAGAUGUUACUCUGACAUGUGACACAACCAAAUUUAUAGAUGUGACCCAUACUUUUAAUAGUAUAUCAACAGUAAGUGUUAUCAAUGUCUUUAAUUCAACUAUUGAAGAGAACACAACAAUAACCUUAGAUGCCAAAAGUGUUUUGCAAGAUAAUGAAUCUUCUAACGUUUUAUGCUCAGAAAAACCAUUAUAUGUACCGAUAUCUGCAUCAUCUCAUAGGACAACCCAAACUAAACCUUCAAUUGAUAGUUUAACUAAAGUAACUGAAACAAUUAUUGGCACACCUAGUAUUACCUCAAAUUCCGUUAGCUUGUCACAAAAAGAGGUUUUUAAUGAUGCUAGCACCUUGUCAAUCAUAUCUCUAUCGUAUAAUUCAGAGGAAAGUACAUCAGAAAUAAUUGAAAAUACAAAGUUUUCAAAUCAAUUAUCAAGUGAUAUCUCUAUAACUAGCAGAUCGCUUCUACCUGCAUCAAAUUUACCUCCUUCUGAAAUCUCCAAUAAUGUUUCUAGUUAUGAUAUAAGAAGUACAGAAGUUAGUCCUUCAAUGACAUUAAUUUCCAAUGAGAGUUCUUCUACUAAGUAUGAAACUGGCGCGGCCAAAAUAUCGACAUAUGAAGGCAAAGCCUCAAAAUUAAAUUUGAAGGUACCGUCAUUUAUCGUAACACUAUUAUACUUGUUACUGUAG